AUGAGCUGUUCGCCUGCUCGUUUCCAGUGGAGCUUGCUCACCUGUACUCAUCAUCCCGCUCCUGUGUUCGUUUUUGCUGCUUUUGCACUGCCUUUCCCCUCUCUUCCGUCUUGGCCGUCUCACCAUUUCCCCCUUGUCCCUUUCUCUCCGUUCUUCUGCUGCUCGCACAGGUUCCUGAUCGACGGUCGAGACGUAUUCACGCAGGAGCACCACGUCGUGACUUUUUUCCACACCAAAUUGUGGCGAAGAGAGGCAGUUGUCGAGCGACAAGAGGGAACGCACAUGCAACUGCCUUCCUAUUCUCCGUCUUCCUUUCUCGCGCCCGAUGAUGUCACAAGACGUCUUCACGCAUCGCGCGUUCCGUUGCCGUCUGAGGUCUCGCCUUCCGAAGCACUUCCACGUGCCUUUUCUCUCUGGUCUGUUGACUCUUUGCACUCUCCGUCGUCGCUGUCCUCUUCGGAAUUGCCGAAUACCCCUUUGGCUGUCGCUGCUCUGUUUCACGUGGCGCCAUCCUCAAACUCCUCUCCUCCCUCUGUGCAAGCCUCCGCCCUGCCGGCGCCCAAUCCUUCUCUCCUUGCCUCUGCCGCACCUUCCGCGCUGUCUGCCGAGUCCUCUUCUUCGUCGGCUGGCACACUCAAAACUGUCGAUCUGGAGCGGGGCGCGAAGCCAUGCGCAGAAGCGACGAAGGGCGAGGAGACUGAUCGACACUGUGAGACACAGGGCGGGGAGGACACUCGGCCGAACAGAAAAACCGGAAGGACAGAGGAAGAACGACGCAGCACUGAGUCCGAAGCGCGAAACGGAACAGACGAAGCAGCAACAGCAGCAAAGAACACGGUGGAAAGUCUUCACAGGAAAGCCGAUCUUCACGGACGGGGUUCACCCGAGCGAGACGCUCCACAGCAGCGUGUGACGGCAGAGUGGUUGGACAGGACAAGAGACCCAGCGGGUGGAGGAGAAGACGGAUACGAAAACGAGGAAGAAGCACGACCAGGCAAGGAGGGAAAGGCGUUGCCUGUUCUGGCCACAGAAAACCCAAUGGAGCCGCUGAGGAAGGGAGGCAAAGAUAGAGAGCCUCCCGGUUUCGGAGAUCGGGAGAACGAGAACCAGCGUAAGCGCCGAAACCAAAGGCCACACGUAGGAAGGGAGGAAAACCCUCAGCUACCUGUAGCACUAGAAGACGAGACGCAGGAGCACUUCACAGCACAAGGUGGACAAGGCAGGGAGAAGGACGAAGACGCGGCCGCUCUGGACGCAAACAUACACGGAAGGGAGAAAACAGACGCGCACGGUGAGAGGCUUGACAACCGAGGGACGCGAGAAGACAGGAGUUCGGACGAUGCGGAGAGACAGACCCGCACACAUGGAGAGGAACUUGCCGGUGGUUCUGCGAGGUCACACGCCGCAGCGAAGACAGGCAAACCGCCGGCGCUUGAAUCACCGCGACUUCCUCGCCUUUCCUCUUCUCAUAAGUCGCCCUUGCGCCCUGCUUCCUCUUCGUCCGUUGUUGCGUCAUCUUUUGUCUUCGCUCGUCCGUCCCGGUUGUCUCCCCGUUUUUCGUCUCCGUCCGUAUUUUCCAGGUCGUAUUUGCCCUUUGUGGAGGGCGAGGCAGGCGCACAAACGCCGUCAGGAGAGAGGGAAAGAAACGCAGAUGGCACGGAGCCGCCUUUCCUCGAGAGCUCGAAGGAAGAGACGAGACACACCGCCGCGUUGUUUUCUCCGUCUAAGGAAGGACCACGAAAAGAAAAGACAUCCACUGUGACUAGGGGCUUACUGGACUGGCGCGCUCGGUUCGGUGAUAAUGCCUCCGGACACUACAACGAAACCGAAGAUGCUGGCUCAGGAAGCACGUCCUCGUCUUCUGGUUUGCCGUCUCUUUCUCCUUUCUUGUCUUCGUCGUCUUCGACGCCAGAGACCCAAACAAGGGAGGAGAAACAAGUCCCUCGUUCGACUGAUUUUCCUUCGUCCUCCCAUUCUCAGCCGGAUCUGAAAAAAAGACCCGAGGUGCAAGAGCAGAACGUGAAUCUUCUCAUGGCGUCGUACAACGCGUGCAGGACAUUCACAUGCGGCGACGGCAGGUGA